GUUGGCGCACGCCGAGACGGAAGAGGCGCGGGCUGGGAAAGGAGCAGGCUGCGGCCGCGGCGCCACUGUCCCCAUGGCGCUGUGGCGCGGCUCUGCGUACGCCGGCUUCCUGGCGCUGGCGGUGGGCUGUGUCCUCCUGCUGGAGCCGCAGCUGCCCAGCUUGGCGCUGCGCUCGCUGUGGAGCUCGCUACAGCUGGCGCCCGCGCCCCCGGGACCCGGCUCCCCUGAGGGCCGCUUGGCGGCCGCCUGGGACGCGCUCAUCGUACUGCCGGCCCGGCGUUGGCGCCGCGUGGCCGUGGGAGUCAAUGCCUGUGUGGAUGUAGUGCUCUCGGGGGUGAAGCUCUUGCAGACACUUGGCCGGAGUCCUGGGAAUGGGAAAGAUCACACCAUUCUGCAUUCAAGGAAUGAUCUGGAAGAAGCUUUCGUUCACUUCAUGGGGAAGGGAGCCGCAGCUGAGCGCUUCUUCAGCGAUAAGGAAGCUUUUCAUGACAUUGCCCAGAUUGCAUCAGAGCUCCCAGGAGCCCAGCACUACGUAGGAGGAAAUGCAGCUUUAAUUGGACAGAAAUUUGCAGCCAACUCAGAUUUAAAGAUUCUUCUUUGCGGUCCAGUUGGUCCAAAGCUGCAUGAACUUCUUGAUGAUAAUGUCUUCGUUCCACCAGAGUCGUUGCAGGAAGCGGAUGAGUUCCACCUUAUUUUAGAAUAUCAGGCAGGGGAGGAAUGGGGCCGGUUAAAAGCUCCCCAUGCCAACCGAUUCAUCUUCUCCCACGACUUCUCCAACGGGGCCAUGAAUAUGCUGGAGGUGUUCAUGUCCAGCCUGGAGGAGUUUCAGCCAGACCUGGUGGUCCUCUCUGGAUUGCACAUGAUGGAGGGACAGAGCAAGGAGCUGCAGAGGAAGAGGCUCUUGGAGGUCGUGACCUCCAUUUCUGACAUCCCCACUGGUAUUCCGGUUCACCUCGAGCUGGCCAGUAUGACCAACAAGGAGCUCAUGAGGAGCAUCGUGCAUCAGCAGGUCUUUCGGGCGGUGACUUCCCUGGGCCUGAACGAACAGGAGCUGCUUUUCCUCAGCCAGGCGGCAUCUGGACCUCACUCCUCUCUCUCUUCCUGGAAUGGCGUCCCCGACGUGGGCAUGGUCAGUGACAUCCUCUUCUGGAUCUUGAAGGAACAUGGGAGGAGUAAAAGCAGAGCCUCAGACCUCACCAGGAUCCAUUUCCACACGCUGGUCUACCACAUCCUGGCCACUGUCGACGGACACUGGGCCAACCAGCUGGCGGCCGUGGCCGCAGGAGCACGCGUGGCCGGGACGCAGGCCUGCGCCACGGAAGCCAUAGACGCCAACCGUGUGUCCCUGCGGGCGCCCCACGAGUUCAUGACUUCCCAUUCAGAGGUGGGCUCGAGGAUCGUAAUAAACCCCAAUGAGCCAGUGGCAGAGUGGCACAGGGAGGGAAUAUCCUUCCACUUCACACCAGUCCUGGUGUGUAAAGAUCCCAUUCGAACCGUGGGCCUUGGAGACGCCAUUUCCGCUGAAGGCCUCUUCUAUUCAGAAGUCCGCCCUCACUCCUAGGAAGUAAUUUUUCUGAAGGAGAGCUACCCAAUUUAAGAAUGACAGGAAAAAUAGGAUGGAGGUGUGUCAAAACAGCUUCUAGAUCUAAUUGAAAGAUAGCCAAAGAAACAACAGAUUCAACUGUAUCAGAUACAUUCCAGCCUGUUGACGAUUACACAAAAACAUUUCAGGUUUUCCUCAGAAUUUAGCUAUCUACUAACGAGACUGGAUUUUUGGUUUUUUUUAUGUUGUGUGUUACAGGGGUAAAACUUGAUUCCCGUGUCCCCAUUUUAUGCAGCGUUGUCUGGUAUCUUAGGCCAGACUGCGCUGUGGAGAGCACGUCGGCUGGAGAAAGCGCUUCCGCCGGCGCCAGGGUCUCAUGCUCUCUCUCUCUGCUGCGCGCUUGUGGGCAGGAUCAUGAUUUCCAUUCAGUGUUACAAUGAAAAUAUUUAAGGAGCACCCCUUCUGAGUCUUCUGCUCUCGAACUUAAGACAGAGCCACAAGUCAGGACAAAACAAUCGCCCCUGUGCUUCAUAGUCCCCGCCCAGGCCGGGAGCCUCGCGCAGCCUUUGCGGGAGGCCUUCCAGAAGCCUGGCUCGCCUGCCCGGUGGGCUGCGGGGGCUGCUGGGCUCCACCUUCUGCCCUGGCGCCCGGGGUUGUGGGCUGGCUGGUCAGAGCCCACCGUGCCUGGGCCCAGUCCCAGCCACCGGCUCUGGGCACGCUUUCCACAGUGGAAGACCGAUCGUUGUUCACUCUGAUCCUUGAAGGAAUUUGCUUUUACAACUGGAAUACGCUUCUGCGGGUGUAACAGAUCAUGUUUGUUUUACAUUCACACACCACAUCCAGUAAAGAGUUUUACCUCAUCAGAGCCCCAGAAUCAUGAAUAAAUCUGUCCUGUUAUGUAUUUGUUUUUUUAUAAGUCAAGGAGACUUGUGUGUGCUUUUAAAUAUAUUAAAAAAAAUUUACAUUUCAGGA